AUGGCCAUGUCCGGCAGAAGCAUAUCUCCGGAUACAUCGGAUCUUGAUAGAGAGCAGCGUCGUAUUACCAGGGCACUUGAUCGUGGGGCGCCAGGCGACGAGGCGAUAUUCUCCAAGAAUAAGACCCCCCAGCAGAAGGAGCUCGCGAGGCGCAAGAGCCAAUAUUACAAUGAUGUCUUUGCUCAUCGAGAACCUAAUUCCUCACCGCGGGAUAGGGUCUCGAGAGAGUCCAUGAUUAUGACAGAUGUUAAGACGAACGUCAUUAUUCAAGAUGAAUACACCUUUAUUACCGACCUCUCCUAUAGUCUCUCCACCCGAUACCAACGACCCGAAUCUUCCAUAUCUGUCACAGUCGCACAUUCUGCAUGCCUGUUAUUUGGUGGCACCUUCGAUCCGGCGUAUACAAUGACCAUAACCGCUCUGGGAUCCCAACUACAGCCCGUUACGAACAAGAGGAAUGCUUCCCUCCUUGCAAAGGCUAUGGACGAGGCGUUGGGCGUCCCUCCGAAUCGCGGUCUCAUUAAGUUUGUCCCCGUGGCAGAGGAGAACCUAGCGACUGGUGGAAAGACCGUUGCUGGAGAGAUCGAAGAGCUUGCGAAAGCGGCUGCUGAGGAAAAUGCCAACUUGAAAAGGAGCUUGUCCCGUAACGCACUGAGAAGUACCAAGAAACAAAGUACAACGUCGUUACGGAAUCCGAAGGCUGCUGGAGGCCAGCUCCAAACACAUCACGAGGAUGUGCUGACUCCAGUGAGCGAGCGGCCGACAUCUUCACUUAUCACCGCAACCUCACCCGUGCAAGGAGAGCUUGAUCUCAAGGACGAAAAAGUCCGCAGAGUGGGACGGAGAAAGAGUUUUAUUGCCGGUUUAUUUGGAAAAGGAUGA